AGUCUCCUUUUACUGUCCACAGAGCUGCAUCAUGAUGGAGGGCAUCUGGCUGGGUGUCUGCUGUCUCUCAGGGUGGCUCAUCCUCCCCACCUGUUCCCUCCGUCAGUACUACUUUAUCAAAGAACCUUUAACUUGGAAUGAAGCUCAGACCUACUGCAGACAGAAAUACACAGAUCUGGCAACCAUGGAAAGCGCUACAGUAAUGAAUCAACUCCAGAGGCUGCUUUCAUCUUCUGGUCACAACUCUGGGGUCUGGUUUGGUCUGUACAGUAAAAUCAACUGGAAGUGGUCGGAUGGCUUCACAGGAAGUGGGGCUGAGUACCGGGACUGGGGCACCAAUGAACCCCAGUCUCAAAUCAACCAUUUCUGCGUGGUCAAGGAUGAAAAAUGGUACAUUCGCGACUGUGGAUCAGUGCUACCCUUUAUCUGCUACAACGGAACUCAAGAGAAUCCUCAGUUUGUUCCUGUGACAAAAGCCAUGAAUUGGUCCGAUGCUCAGAAGUACUGCAGGGAGAACUAUGUGGACCUGGCCACUGUGACCAACGCCACCAAGGACCAGCAGGUCAAGCUCCACCAGCCACAGUCACAACCUGCAUGGAUCGGCUUAUUCAGAGAUCCUGAGCUUUACUUCUCUGAUGGGAGCAGCUUGUCCUGGUCCUACUUCGAUCAUUUUAAAUUCCCAAUCGGCUCGAAUACAGUCUUGUGUGGUACAACAGCUCUGAGUAGAUCCAUGAUAUGGAGGCUCUGGUACUGCGAACGAAAGAAAUCGUUUUUGUGCCACGGAGACCCUGUCAGAAGGCAGGUGGUGAAGUUGAGGAUUGAUCUGGGGGAUUCCUCUGUGGAUCUGAACGACACUGCUGUCAAAGCAGAAAUCCUGGAAAAGCUGCAGCAAAGACUGAAGGAGAACAGAGUGAAUGGAGUCACCCUGAAGUGGAGAGAACAGCCUGAUGGGAAAGAGUUCCACAAGGAGGAGGAGACUGAACGAACCCACCUGUGUGUUAACCAGAGUGCAACAGCGCCCUCUUGUGUUUGUUUCGUCAUCAUUGCCCACAUGAGCGUUGAAGUCCCCCAGGAGAACUAUGGAGUCCCCAGUUCAGUGUCUGUCCCAGCCAAUGAGGUGAGGUUCCCACAACCAGUCUACACCACCAGCUGGCAGCCCACCUACAUGCCCACCCCUGUCCACUACCCAGAAGGCUUUGCACCAGACAUCUAUGUCCAGCGUUGGUGGCUCAUCCUCCCCACCUGUUCCCUCCAUCAGUACUACUUUAUCAAAGAACCUUUAACUUGGAAUGAAGCUCAGACCUACUGCAGACAGAAAUACACAGAUCUGGCAACCAUGGAAAGCGCUACAGUAAUGAAUCAACUCCAGAGGCUGCUUUCAUCUUCUGGUCACAACUCUGGGGUCUGGUUUGGUCUGUACAGUAAAAUCAACUGGAAGUGGUCGGAUGGCUUCACAGGAAGUGGGGCUGAGUACCGGGAGUGGAGCACCAAUGAACCCCAGUUUCAAAUGGACAGAUUUUGCGUGUACGUGCACAAACAUUGGGUCAGUUUCACAUGUGGAUCAGAGCUACCCUUUGUCUGCUACAAAGGAACUCAAGAGAAUCCUCAGUUUGUUCCUGUGACGAAAGCCAUGAAUUGGUCCGAUGCUCAGAAGUACUGCAGGGAGAACUAUGUGGACCUGGCCACUGUGACCAACGCCACCAAGGACCAGCAGGUCAAGCUCCACCAGCCACAGUCACAACCUGCAUGGAUCGGCUUAUUCAGAGAUCCUGAGCUUUACUUCUCUGAUGGGAGCAGCUUGUCCUGGUCCUACUUUGAUCAUAUUAUGACCCCAAUCGGCUCGAAUACAGUCUUGUGUGGUACAACAGCUCUGAGUAGAUCCAUGAUAUGGAGGCUCUGGUACUGUGGAGAAAAGAAAUCGUUUUUGUGCCACGGAGACCCUGUCAGAAGGCAGGUGGUGAAGUUGAGGAUUGAUCUGGGGGAUUCCUCUGUGGAUCUGAACGACACUGCUGUCAAAGCAGAAAUCCUGGAAAAGGCAAGUGUCCAAACUGCACCCCGAGACGUCAGAAACAUUCAAAGUAGAUCACAGGAUGAAGGAAAACGAGCCUUUAAAUAAAUUCAACAGAUUCAGACGAAUGUCUAGCUGGCAGGGAA